ACCUACACUAAGUGACAGACGUGGUUUUAUCCGCUCUUCGUUUAGUAUUAUUCGAAAGCUUCCAAAGGUGAAUUUUCGACUUUUUCUCGUCGUCAAUUUCGUCGUGAUCUAACUUGAGACCGUAGGGUCUCUACUUUUCCCCCCAAGAUGGGGAAACGAUGGAGGUGUAAAAGACUCCAAAUAAUAAAGCGAUGGCUGCAGAAACACAUCUGUAAGCCUGUUGGUAAGGCGUUCGUCCGCGCUUUCUGUGCAUGCGUUUGCCUACCUGUUGAGACGGAGGAAGACCUGGACUUCUUGUGGGCCCACGCCUUGAGUAUGGAGGACGACUCCAUUAAGACCAUAGUGAAUAUGGUAGAGGAGCAUAGAGUUUGCACCACAUCAGGCCAGCAGGACAUGGACGCUCCUCCCAGGAAGCGAUCCAAGCUGAGCCUGUCAUCCAGGAGGAGGGACGACUCCUCUUCAGUUGGAGUGACGUCAACACGGGGACCGACCGCGGUCUACCCGCUGUUUGAAGUGAAGGGUACGGAUUCAUCAUCCGUCGCUGAGAAGCCCGAGAACUCUCACGUAGAGAGUGACAGCCCCUCAGUAGUGCUGGAUGUGCCGACAGCCCCGUCCAAGUGUGAUGUCCGUACAGUGAUGAGUACCUACAGAUACGGCGAGUUUGUCCCGUUUGUAGGACUGUUUAACCUGCAUAACACAUGCUACAUGAACUCAGUGUUGCAGAUCCUGAUCCAUACUCCGCAAUUCGCACUGAGGUUGGCGCACCUGCAGGGAGAUCUGAGAGAUAUCUACGUUGACGCUCGCGCGCGCUUCGACAAGGCAUUGAAACGCAAAUUCUCAGAGUCAGAGUUCAGUCUGCUCAACGAGUUGUGUCGGUUGUUCAGGAAGGUUGGCACGCUAAAACUGGAUUACAUACUAGCUCCCGAGGCUCGGACAGAGCGCUUGGCGAUCGAACCCGUUAGAACCCUGGACGCCAUCAAAGAGGCGCAUGGACAGUUUGCCGGGUCACUGCAGCAUGACGCGCAGGAAUUCCUGCGGUGUGUGCUCUCGUCGCUCCAAGACGCAAACGCGUCGAUCCUGCAGUACCAGGCUGGGAGACGGGAAGAAAUAAGACGCCAGCGAGAGAAACUGGAUAUCAUAUUGGCGGCAAAGCAGUCAAAGAGGGAGGCCACCAUGAUCAAAUACGUGCCUGACGCCCGUCCCGAGAAGUGUCACGCACAGAAUGGCGUACAGAAAAAUCAACCCAGCAAUGGCGUCGCAGUUCAGGGGUCCGCGGCGGUUGAACAAAUGAAACAGACUAUGUAUGGUUGUCACGCACAGAAUGGCGUACAGGAAAGCCGACCCAGCAAUGGUGUCGCAGUUCAGGGAUCCCCGGCGGUUGAAAAGCCUCCCAAGUUGAAGAAGAAGAGGCUUGGCGUGGGACACGCACGCAAUCAGAUCAAGAUCACAAGAUUCGCCAGCCCUAGCGACACUGUCACAGCCCCACGCGCGUCUGUGAAUGGUCACAGUGGUCACGCUGAUGACACAGCCCCACGUGCUAACGACAGAGUCUCCCGCGUGCCGGUCAAUGGUCACAAUGGGCACACUGAUGAUGACCCAGGCAUGGUGGCAAAGCUGACAAAUGGUACAGGAGACAUGGAAGCUCAGGUGGACGGCACCCUGGCACAACAGGUGUCUACAGUCAAACUGGAUGAGAAGACCGCAGAGUGUGCAGAGGAAAAAAUGGAGACAGAGCCGUCCGUCAAUGGUACCAACGGUCACGUGCGUGAUGGUCCAGAGAACCCCAGCCCAACAGAGGACAGCCCAGAGUCUCUUCAGCUGGCAGAAGAGGACUUUAAAAUGCUGCAGGCAGAUAUGUUAACAAACAUUGUGGAAGAUUUGUUCGAGGGCAGUUUGGAAUAUGAAACCAGCUGUCUCCAAUGUGAGAUGAAGAGUCAUCGUCGCGAGAAAUUUAUGGAUCUGUCGUUACCAGUCAAGAUGAAUCGUGAGCCAGAUGAUCUGCAACAAGCUACAGGCGAUGUGAGUCCAGAGAAAGAGGCCGACGACAAAGCAGACGUGGUGAGCCUUUCGUGGUCACUGGAAACUUUCAUGGCAGCAGAGAAGCUGGACAGGGAAAACAAAUAUAAGUGUGAAUAUUGCGGCUCACAGUCAGAAGCGGAGAGAAAAGUCUUCUUCGCAAAGCUGCCGAGGAUCUUGACUAUCCACCUGAAGAGGUUCGAGUAUAAUCUGACAGGGUCAGCGAUGAGCAAAAUCCAUUCUCCCAUCCUCACCCCGUCUCACCUCAAGCUGAACAGGUUCUGCACCGAGGCCUGUACGAAUAAGCUGUACAAAUAUGAGAUCUAUGGAAUCAUCCUACAUGAAGGCAGUGCUCUUGAUUCUGGGCAUUACGUCGCCUACGUUAAGGCUCCCAUUGACUAUCCCUUUAUUAGGGAAUGCUGUCUGAAGGAUGAGAGUUCCAGUAGCCCCCCAGGAUCCCCAACCGCGGAAGAAACCGACACAACUGGUACUGAGGACGUCAAGGUGGUCGACCUAGAAACGUCCAACGGCCAACCGGAGAGAGAGCAGCAGCUCGCGACCGCCUUUGCCGAGUACGACCACUCCCUGCACUGGAUUAAGUUCAACGACAGCACCGUAACCGUGCUAACGGAAGAAGAGGUUGCCGAGGUCUUUCUCCCCGAAAAAACGAACACGCUGAGCCCAUACCUCCUGUUCUACAGACGAACGGAUAUAGCAUACACCGAAGCGCCGUGUAAACCUGAAAAGAAGACAUGUGAACCUGAAAAGAGUGUAGCAGAACAACAGGGUAACACAAAGACAGAGGCAACUGACUCCCCAGAAAAAGAGGAGGAGAAGGAGGAGGACAUUAGUCGGUAGAUUUUAUAUGUGAUAGUGUUAAGACGAGAAGGGAAACAAACAUAGGUUAAAAGGGUGUCACUGUGUAAAAUGGAAUAAUUGCACACUAUGAUUGUACUACUGUUGGCCUGUUGUACUUUGUAAGGCCGCUUUGAGUAGAUACAAGAGAAAAAAAGAACCUUUCAGUUUCAAACUUCACACUGACUAGGGAAAUGCAACAGAUUACUUCAGUGAGAAGUUUAUCCAAAGUUUAUACUGCUCAGCACAGUUGGCCUGUUCGACUUUGUGAGGCCACUUUGAGUGGAGGUGAAAGAAAAAAAAAUAACUUUUUUACUGAAUGUAGGGACCCAGUCAUUUAAAAGGAAAUGCAAUUGCAACAGCACCUCAGUCUGUAAAAAGAAGUGUGUAUACAUGUCCUGAUUCGCAUUCCCGUGAGUGUUCUGAGAAGGUUCUGAGAAAAACAGAAAUAUUUUACAUUCGUGCCCACUAUGUCAGUAUGUGUACCACUCAGGAACCAGAUGCACGCCCUUCUCUUCAUUCAAAGCGAUUCAAUUUCAUGUUAUGUCCUAUAAAAUGUGUAAUAUUCAAAUUUAUCUGCCCAUGUGCCUUGAUUCAAAUGCUGUGAUUGAUAUGUACUAUAUUGAUAUGAAUAAAGAAUUUGU